AUGCUCGGUUUCUGGCCCGAGUUUUGCAGCACGCACGUUCUGCCCACUUCAACCGCCGUGCGGGAAGCAUGCGCCGUGCUGGAGACUGGACCUGCGACAAAUGCGGCGAUUUGCAGUUUGCUAGGAGGUGUGGAGCGCCCAAGAGCUCUGGUGCAUAUGCAGGCUCAGGCGCUCAAGCUCCAGCAGCACCGAAUCAGGAUGGCACCAGGGCAGGAGACUGGACGUGCCCGCUCUGCAACGGUCUUGUGUUCGCCAGUCGAA